GACAAUCGCCUCAAAGGCAGAGCAUUCUCACAGCUGGCGGUCAUGAGGAGCCAUGCUGAUAUAUUACUUAGCCGUUUAGAUAUCGAGGAAAUAUUUGGUGAAGUCGACUUUCCCAUGUUAGUUGACAAAGCUUUGGAUUGUUGCUCUAAUGAUGCGCUAACUCUAACUGAAUGUGGUCGAAUAUUACGUUUUACUAACUUAGAAAGUGGAACGUAUCUACUGGAGCGAGCGUUAGACAUAAAAAAACAUUCUACAACUUACCAUCAGCUGGGAAUGUGUUACGAAAGAAUGGCUAAAAUUAGGGCGAAGAAAAAUGUCAAAAUGGUGCCACGUCCUGUAGAAAUGAGAGAAAUGACGCUGGGUGGAUCUCGUGGUAAAAAUUUCGAUAAAAAUAAAACUUAUUGGAAACAGGGGUCCUCAAGUUUAUACGAAGCAACUCCCCGUAGAUUUCAUCACGGGAAGCCAAAUGAGAAGCAUAGUGAGUAUUUGCCAAAGCAACCUUCGCGUAACCUAAAGAGCUUAACAUAUCCCAAUCAAUGCUUUCCCAAAGACUCGCACGAUCGGGGAAGACUCCCAAAACACACGGAAACCACGUAUACACCAAAAAGAGACCAAGGUGGAAUAGGCUGUCAAAAACAGAGGAACUGCGGAAACUUUAUGCGAAGUCCAGCUAAAGAAGUUCACUUAUGGAAAGAUGAUGAUUUGGUAGUUAAGGCGCUCGAUUGCUACAGAGAGGCGAUUAAACUGUCCCGUGAGGGCAACAUCCCGGCCAUCUACAGCCUUGGACUUUUACUGAGAACGUGUGGGGAGUUAGACCUCGCCCUUAAACAGUUUAACAAAAUAAUCCACCGGAUGACCGAUCAAAAUCCAGUUACAGAAUAUUCCAUCACGUUAACUAGUGCAUACGAGCAGGCCGGACUCUGUCUUCUUGCCCUCGCAAAGCUGCCUGGAAGAACGGACGAAGAGAUGCAGAAGUUAAAUGAAGACGCCGAGACCAAACUAAUGGAUGCCGUGAGUUUGUCGGCCACCCUAGCAAAUCUCGACCCUGAAAUGAAAAGCUACGAGAAACAGGUCGGGAACGCCUUUAAGACACUGGAAACAAAGUAUGAGGAGAUCAAAGAUUCACCCAAAGGGAUUAAAAAGCACAUAGAGCUCUUGAUGCGCGUGGGUCAGUAUGAUAGAAUUCCACCUGUCAUCACAAAACUGAGACUGCUGAGU